AAACUCUUCCCCUUUUAAUUGGAAGGUGAGGGAGGCGGACGAAGGGAAGCAGCGAGGACGCAUGAAUCAAGGCGUGUUUAAUUGGCUGGGCGAGCUUUUAUUUUGAAGUCCGCACAUGGUCUCUAGCCUCGUCGGACUUGACGCGGCUUCGUGUGCGGCUUUCCCCCGCAGCUGAGAAGCGUGUGUCCGGACGCGGCUCCUGCCCUGGUGCGGCCACCGUCGCGAGCCGGGGAUGGCGUCGCUGGGCGCCGGACUGCACCUCGGCCGCAAGCGGGGAGCGAGCAGAGGCGCCGCGGUGGAGAGGAGGAACCUGCUGACGGUGUGCAGGUUUUCAGUCAAGACUCUGCUGGACCGCUCCUGCUUCGAGACAAUAGACGACUCCUCUCCGGAGCUGAUUAACUUCGUUUCCAUCUUGGAGCACAUCCUCAGCCAUCGACUCAAGGGUCAGACAACUUGGUUUGGCUAUGAGAGUCCUCGCAGUUUCUGGGAUUACAUAAAAGCUGCCUGCAGCAAAGUCCCUCAUAACUGCAUCCGAAGUAUUGAGAGCAUGGAGAACGUGCGAUCGUCAAGAGCGAAGGGAAGGGCGUGGAUCCGAGUGGUGCUGAUGGAGAAGAGACUGUCAGAAUACAUCUCCUCUGCACUGAGGGACUUCAAAGCAACCAGAGGGUUUUAUGACGAUGGAGCCAUCAUGCUGGGAGAAGAAGCAGGGCUGCUGUCAGACACACUCAUUGGCCUCAACACCAUCGAUUUCAGCUUCUGUCUGAAAGGGGAGGGCGUGGACGGCAGCUUCCCCGCGGUGAUCGACUACACGCCGUACCUGAAGUUCACUCAGAACGCAGACAGCAUCAGCAGCGACGAGGACGAGAUGAGGACUCUGGGGAGCAGCGGGAGCGAGAGCGGCACGCCCGACAAAGCCGCCACCGCCGCCUCCAUCUUCACGGAGCAGAGCAACCUGGUCGCCAAGUGUAAACGCUUCGAGCACAAAUAUCGCCUGGCGCUGGAGCAGAAGGGUUACCUGGAAGAGCUGGUCCGUCUGCGGGAGGCCCAGCUGUCGGAGGCCGUGUCCCACACCAAAGCGCUUCAGCAGAGCCUCGCAGACGCACACCUCUCCCACAGGCUGGAGAAGGAGCAGCUUGAGUACAUCAUCCUGGAGCUACAGGACAACCUGACGGUGCUGAAGAACAAUGACCUGCAGUCCAGACAGGAGCUGACAGCCCAUCUGACCAAUCAGUGGCCGUCUCCCGACGUGCUGGAUGCCAACGCGGUUGCCUUGGACACGCUCCUGUACAGGAAGAGCACAGGACAGUGGGACGAGAAGAGUUUUCACAGCCUGGAGCAGCUGUCGGCAGACGUGAGCUUCUCUCAGACCCUGAGUCUGGAGGCCAGGUCGUCCGGCACACAGUGGCAUCCCCAAGGUAAGGAGGAGACACCUUCUCUCAAAGGUCUCUGCGGCUCGCUGACCUCUGUCGCCAGCUACAAGUCUCUGGCCAGCUUGAAGUCCAGCGAGUGCUUGCCCAGUCCUGCAACAGAGCUCAGCAGCCCAGGCAUCACGCCUUCAUAGGAAACCAGAGCUCCAAACAAUCUACGAACCUCGUCAGCGUAGUUGACACUGAUUUACUGUAGACGUUUACGUUCUGUAUGUGGCUCAAGGUUUGCAAAUUGAAAAUUCAGUGUUGUUUAAAGUUAGACCACUAAACCUAUAUCGUGUUAUUAAUGCGUCUUUCGUUAAAACGCUGCUCAUCCUCUGAUCUGAGGGUCUAGUUGUAUUCAUUGGUUUGAUGUUUGACUUUGGUGUUUUUAUCAGCAUCAAUAUUUUCCUUCCUUAGUCAUAAAUAAUACAAUUUUUUGUCACUUCAUUAUGUUGAGAAGAUGCUCAUGUUUUCACCCUCAUUAAGGAUUUUCAAGAGCGAUCAGCUGGUUUCUUUUGAAAAAUGUCACUGAACAUUCGCUGCAGUUAAAAGGAUGUUUUAACAUCCUCCAUGAAAUCUAACAACUGCAAUUUCUUUGCUUUAUUGUGGUGACUGGUUUUCCACUUAUAUCAGGUGUGGUUUGAUAUUUUGCAUAAUGUAAUGUCACAUUGUUUUCAAAUGUUCCUGCACAGGUUUUUUUCUCUAUAUGUUGUUCUCAGGUAACGAUUGUUAUGAAAAUUGGUUGUGUUCACCUCUAAGUUUAGCUUUUAUCCCUUUAAUAUUAACACGUAACUGAUGGUGGUUUACUCCUUAAACUCAGCGUUACAACUCAACACAGGUAUUUACAGAAUGAGUAUGAUAUAAACUGUGUUACUGGUUACAAGCUGUGUACAUACACUAAACUCUGCCUUCCGUUUGUUCCAGCAUCCAUUUGCACAGACAAACAGCAGGUGUUUUAUUGGAUUAGUUUGCUUUAUUUCAGCUUUCAUUUAGAAUAAACCUUACUUGGUAAAACAGA